GAAGAAAAGAUACUUAACCUAACCAAAUGUAAUAUUAUUCCAAUUUCGAACCAGUUUCAAAUGAUCUUGAAGAACUUUCCAAAAAUUAUCAAUUUCAUAGGUACUGCCAGAGUAUUCGACGUUUCAAAAUGUACCAGACAUACUCGUAUGUUAUCGAAUGCUAUCAGGAACCCGGUUCCGAAAGUGGUAGUUCAGCCACCUGUGUAUAUCAAAACAGACCACCAUUACAAAAUCUGUAAACAAGAUACUAUACGGAAGUUGCAAGCACUGUUCGGACUUCGAAUAUAUGAAGCAACGGAAAUGUUUAUGAAAUUCAAGAAAUUUUCAACAAUACCAACAUACAGAGUGGGCGAAAAUUAUUUUUUCUGUGUCAGUCAGGGCAUGAGCAAGACAACUUUGAGGCAAUAUCCUGAGAUAUUAGCAGAGUCUGAUGUCCAAUGGAAAAUUGAAAAAUUAAAAAUAUUGAGAGAAGAUAUCAAUGUUUUAGCCCCUUUAAUUCUACUGAGCCAACCUGCAAUAACUAAUUUUCUAAGAAUGGAAAUUAAGGAAAAGAGAAUUGAAAAACUAGCCAAGAUGUUUGAGGUAGAAGAAGAUAGAAUGUGUCAAUUAAUGGUACAGAAACCAUUUUUAAUUACUCUGAAUCUUGAUUUUUUACAAACAAAUUUGCGACUUUUAACAGCAUAUGGUAUACCAAAAGCUGACAUUGUUAGAGAUCUUUGGGUACUAAGGUAUAGCUCAGCAUCAAUAUCAGAAAGAAUGGAGUUGGCAAGAAAGAACAAGAUUGAGAAGAUGAAAACCUGGAUGGUCAGAGCACAGCAAGAAAUAUUAGACAAUUACAUGAAAAGAAGAUCAGACAACAAAUCAAUACUGGGCAAUAACUCUCUGGUAGAAUACUUAUCAGAAAGAUUGGAUACUACAGAAGAUGUGGCUAGGUUCAUCAUUUCCAAACAGCCUGCUUUGCAGAAGAAAAGUUUGAAGAAAAUGAAUGAGAUGAUUGAAUUCCUUCUCAUCAAUGGUUUCAAGACAAUCCACAUUUGUAGGACCCCAAAAAUUCUAUUGCACAAAGUGGAUACAGUUAAGAAGAGACUGAAAGAGAUGAAGGAUAAUGAUAUGCAGCUUGAUGCCUUAUCUGUUUUAACUAAGAGUCAGAAACAGUAUGCACAAGCAUUGGAAUUACUCAAAGCAAAUAAAAGUAAAAUAAAGUAUGGAGUGCCUUUUUACUUUUUAAUAUACAUUGGAACCAAUGUAUGGCAAAAAUUGUGUUUUUGCAAUAGUUUGCUGCAGGAAUUGACAUUUUUACAAUACUUGAAGAGCAAUGUAUCGUAA